GUGUGUGUGUGUGUGAUACUGUAUAAGACAUCCAGGAGCUCAGGACGAGAGCCAGGCAGAGGAAACGUCGGCAGAUUAUCUCUGAAGUCGAGGACAGGACGACGCACCUCAACAUGGCCAAAGAUAAAAAGGACAUUAAAUACAAGCUGGCUACAGUCUCUAUAAACGGAGGGAAAGCCAAGAAGAUCAAAAAGGAGGAGAAGGACUUGGAUGCGCUAAAGCAAGAAGUUGAUUUGGACGACCAUAAACUGACAUUGGAGGAGCUCCGGAAGAAAUAUGGAACAGACCUCAAGAGGGGUCUGUCCUCCGUGCGUGCUCUGGAGAUCCUGGCGCGUGACGGGCCCAACCUCCUGUCUCCCGCGGUCACCACCCCGGAGUGGGUGAAGUUCUGCAGGCAGCUCUUCGGCGGCUUCUCCACACUGCUCUGGGCUGGCGCCCUGCUCUGCUUCCUGGCCUAUGGCAUCCAGACCGCUACAGAGGACGAGCCGGUGAAUGACAAUCUCUACCUGGGGAUAGUGCUGACGGUCGUCGUGGUGAUCACGGCAUGCUUCUCCUACUUCCAGGAGGCCAAGAGCUCCAGAAUAAUGGAUUCCUUCAAGAACCUGGUCCCCAAUUAUGCCCUGGUGGUGCGUGAUGGGGAGAAACAGCGCAUCGGUGCUGAGCAGGUGGUGGUGGGGGACCUGGUGGAGGUGAAGGGAGGAGACCGCAUCCCUGCUGACCUGCGCAUCAUCUCCGCACACGGAUGUAAGGUGGACAACUCCUCCCUCACAGGGGAGUCUGAGCCGCAGGGCCGCACGCCCGACUUCUCCAACUCAAACCCCCUGGAGACCAGGAACAUCGCCUUCUACUCCACAAACUGUGUCGACGGCACUGCCAAAGGCGUGGUGAUCAACACCGGUGACAGGACCGUCAUCGGUCGCAUCGCCACACUGGCCUCCAGCCUGGAGACGGGCAAGAGCCCCAUCGCCGUGGAGAUAGAACACUUCAUCCAGAUCAUCACGGGUGUGGCGGUGUUCCUAGGCGUGACCUUCCUCGUGCUGGCCCUCGUGCUGGGCUACGGCUGGCUGGAGGCCGUCAUCUUCCUCAUUGGCAUCAUUGUGGCCAACGUGCCCGAGGGACUGCUCGCCACCGUCACGGUGUGUCUGACGCUGACCGCCAAGCGCAUGGCGAAGAACAACUGCCUGGUGAAGAACCUGGAGGCCGUGGAGACGCUCGGUUCCACCUCCACCAUCUGCUCCGACAAGACCGGCACGCUGACCCAGAACCGCAUGACCGUGGCCCACAUGUGGUUCGACGCACAGAUCCACAGCUCUGACACCACCGAGGACCAGAGCGGCGCCUCGUUCGACUGCUCCUCUGCCACCUGGCAUGCCCUGGCACGCGUGGCAGGCCUCUGCAACCGGGCCGUCUUCCUGUCUGACCAGAGCGACGUGCCCGUUAUGAAGAGAGGCACAGCUGGCGACGCGUCUGAGUCUGCCCUGCUGAAGUGCAUUGAGCUUCACUGUGGCCCAGUGAGUGUGAUGCGGGAGAGAUUUCCCAAGAUGGCAGAGAUCCCCUUCAACUCCACCAACAAGUACCAGCUCUCCAUCCAUGUCAAUCCUGAUACCUUGGAGUCAAAGCACCUGCUGGUCAUGAAGGGAGCGCCAGAGAAGAUUCUAGAACGCUGUUCCACCAUCCUCAUCGAGGGCAAAGAGCAGCGUCUCGACGAAGAGAUGAGGGCCGCGUUCAACAACGCCUAUAUGGAGCUGGGAGGCAGGGGAGAGCGAGUGCUGGGUUUCUGUCAUCUCCCCCUUCCUGACGGGCAGUUUCCCGAGGGCUUUAAGUUUGACACGGACGAGGUGAACUUCCCCACCGAGGGCCUGUGCUUCCUUGGCCUCAUGUCCAUGAUCGACCCCCCGCGUGCUGCCGUGCCUGAUGCCGUGCGCAAGUGCAGAACCGCUGGAAUCAAUGUCAUCAUGGUCACAGGUGACCACCCAAUUACUGCAGGGGCCAUAGCCAGGGCUGUGGGCAUCAUAUCCGAGGGCAGUGAAACAGUGAAGGAAAUGGCAGAACGACUGAACGUGCCUGUUAGCGAGAUCAAUCCACGAGAUGUGAAGGCCUGCGUGAUCCACGGUGGGGAGCUGAAGGACAUGACGUCCGAGCAGCUGGACGACAUCCUGAGGAACCACACAGAGAUUGUGUUUGCCAGAACCUCUCCGCAGCAGAAGCUCAUCAUCGUUGAAGGUUGUCAGCGGCAGGGUGCUAUUGUGGCAGUGACGGGUGACGGGGUCAAUGACUCUCCAGCUCUGAAGAAGGCCGACAUUGGCGUUGCCAUGGGUAUCGCUGGGUCUGACGUCUCCAAGCAGGCUGCUGACAUGAUCCUCUUGGAUGAUAACUUUGCCUCCAUCGUCACAGGAGUCGAAGAGGGGCGUUUGAUCUUUGAUAACUUGAAGAAGUCCAUCGCUUACACGCUGACCAGUAAAAUCCCUGAGAUGUCUCCGUUUCUCCUCUUCGUCAUCGCUAACAUCCCCCUGGCUCUUGGCACGGUCACCAUCCUCUGUAUCGACCUGGGCACUGACAUGGUUCCUGCCAUCUCCCUGGCGUAUGAGAAGGCGGAGAGCGACAUCAUGAAGAGACAACCCAGAGACCCUGUGGGGGACAAGCUGGUCAACGAGAGGCUGAUUAGCGUAGCCUACGGUCAGAUUGGAAUGAUCCAAGCAGUGGGAGGAUUCUUCACCUACGUUGUGAUCCUGGCUGAGAAUGGCUUCCUGCCCAUGGACCUCUUUGGAAUUCGAGUCUCCUGGGAAGACAAGUACAACAACGAGCUCGAGGACAGUUAUGGCCAGCAGUGGACAUACGAGAGCAGAAAGAUUGUGGAGUACACGUGCCACACAGCGUUUUUCGUGAGCAUCGUCAUCGUGCAGUGGACUGACCUCAUCAUCUGUAAGACACGGAGAUUGUCCCUCGCUCAUCAAGGAAUGUUCUCGAAUAAAGUCCUCAUUUUCGGCCUGUGCGAGGAGACAGCUCUGGCCGCCUUUCUCUCCUACUGUCCAGGCAUGGAUGUUGCCCUGAGGAUGUACCCUCUCAAACCAUUGUGGUGGUUCUGUGCUAUGCCCUAUUCACUGCUCAUCUUCAUCUAUGAUGAAGUGAGGAAAUAUAUCUUGCGGAGAAACCCAGGAGGCUGGGUGGAGAAGGAAACAUAUUAUUAAAGAUCAAAAGACGGACUCCAACAGUUUAUUACACCCCUAAACUUAUAAAUCUCCACUCUGUUUCUCUACUCUGUAUACAUUCACAGGUUUCUUCACAAUAAAGUAUCCUCAUGGCCUUAAAAUGGCUUAAGCAUAA